AUUAAAAUUAGAUAUUUAUUUUUUAAAUAAAAAUGAGCACAGUCACCUAAUAGCAAUAAAGAGGUUAAAAGUAAAAGCUUGAUCCAACAGAUAAUAAGUUGCAUAUUUCUUCAAAGAAAAAUGCAAGAGAUUUCAUAUUCAUUUCAAAAAUAUUUUUGAAGAAAUUCCAAAAUGUUGAAUUGCAUGCAUUAGGUGAGGCUACAAAGAUCAGUGUUAGAGUUGCUGAAAAUUUAUAGAGAUAAGGUUUGGUCACAAUAACUAAAAUUAAUUCAAUCACAGCUGAUAUUGAAGGAAGAAAGAGAGUGAAGUUGGUUGUCAGUUUACAACUUACCUAAGAUGGAAAAGCAAGAAUCGAUUAAGAAUUAUAAGCUUGAGUGAUUAAAUGAAAAGCGCAAAAUAGUACACAUAUAUUAAAUUGUUUUAUAAUUACAUUACGA